UGAUCACAUUCAUCCUAGGGAAUUCGUACCUGUACCAAACACAUCUCAGUUCUUCUUGUCACAAAAAGAAAUUUCUUGUCUAAACUUUUCUGCCACCUGCUGGGGAGGUAAAGCUGGGGAUUUAGGUAGCCGAGUUCCGAGGCCCCUGAGCCGGCCCUGGGGUGUGUGUUCCAUUGAGCCUGGCCAGGGGCCUCCGCAAGCCGAGGGCUUGAGCAUGAGACCAGCAACCUGUCUGCCGUCUGACACAGCCCAGGGCACAUCCGUGUCCUUUUCCCACAUGCUGAAAAGGCAUCAGCCUUGGCAGGCGUACAUCCAAAGGGGAUUUUCAUUAGUGCCGUUUGUGAGGUGAGCCGCAGCAGUGCUCCAGGCCAACUGCUGAGUGAUCCAGGUUGCUGCUGCUUCAAGAGUGAGAAUCUUCUUCCCUUCUGGUUCUUCCUGGCUGUGCCCAGGGAGAUGAUAGAGCAGUACCACGAGGGGUCUCGGACCCGGAAAACUGGACAUACUUAUCAACACCACCCUUUGGUGUCCACUCCGUUCUCACCCAUCAGCCUUGCAAGCUGGUAUCUUCCCCCGUGGGGCUGUUUACUUAGUCCUACUCUGCUUCUGCUGAAAGGGUGAUGACCACAAGUCCUGUGUUCGGGGAACGGUGUCCCUUAGUGUGUGUGUGUGUGUGUAAGAGGGAGUGAGUGUGCAUGUGAGGGAAGAGGACCCUGGGGUGGCAGAGACCAUGCGGUACUCAGUCCCCAGCACCCAACACAGAGCCUGGUAUCCAGCAAGAUUGAUAAAUAUUAAUGGAAGUUGGGCACAGUGCUGCAGCUGAAGCAGGAGGAUCGCCUUGAGUUGGAGGCCAGCCUGGGCUGCACGGCGAGCCUGUCUCCAAUAAUAAAUACUGAAUACUUGUGCAAUGUAUGACUGUGCUGGCUGCCUGUGUCUGCCCAGUGGUCAGACCUGGACACCCCUGUGGGAGGCCGGCAACAGCGGUUUUCCGCCUGUCCGGCUGGCUCCACCCUCCCAUGACCUCCCCACCCCUUCGCAUUGUUCCUCUUCCCUGCCUGAGGUCCUGACUGAUUCAGCCCUUUCAGUCCUUUGUGGAACUUCGGCCCUUUGGAGGGGAGUUCUUCGGGGGAGGUCUGACCCCCAGCUUCUCAGUUCCGGUUCUGCCCAGUCCGCUCUGCACUGCCUGAGUCGCCGGAUUCCCCACAGGGAAGAGACAGUAGGGAAUCCCAGCACUUUCUGGCCUAGAUCCUAGGCUGCCCUCGGGGCUUCCCAACCCCUCCUCUAAACCUCUUUGCACUAGAAAGACCUGUCCAAGCAGGAGCUCGGACUACAUCUCCCGGCGUGCCUGGCAGCGUGGUGUUCUGUGUGUGCCGUCUGCAGUUGUUUCGGGCGGAGAUGCAGCGAGCUAUGAGCCUGGUGGCCCGUCUGGGCGUUCGCCGGCCAGCGCUCCCCACAGCUCUGAGUCGCUCACUCAGUUGUGCACAGGACGUGCUCCGCAGGACUCCGCUGUACGACUUCCAUCUAGCCCAUGGUGGGAGAAUGGUGGCGUUUGCAGGCUGGAGUCUGCCCGUGCAGUACGGAGACAGCCACGUGGAUUCACACCUGCACACACGCCGGCACUGCUCGCUGUUCGACGUGUCCCACAUGCUGCAGACCAGAAUAUUUGGUUGUGACCGAGUGAAGCUGAUGGAGAGCCUAGUGGUCGGAGACAUUGCAGAGCUAAGGCCAAACCAGGGAACACUGACGCUGUUCACCAAUGAAGCUGGAGGCAUCUUGGAUGACCUGAUCGUCACCAAUGCUUCUGAGGGAUACCUGUAUGUGGUGUCCAAUGCUGGCUGCUGGGACAAGGACUUGGCCCUCAUGCAGGACAAGGUCAGGGAGCUUCAGAACAAGGGCAGUGACGUGGGCCUAGACGUGGUGGAUAAUGCUCUGCUAGCCCUGCAAGGCCCCACUGCAGCCCAGGUGCUACAGACGGGUGUGGCGGAGGACCUGAAGAAACUGCCCUUCAUGACCAGUGCUGUGAUGGAAGUGUUCGGUGUAUCCGGCUGUCGAGUAACCCGCUGUGGCUACACAGGAGAGGAUGGUGUGGAGAUUUCAGUGCCAGUAGCUGGGGCAGUCCAUGUGGCAACGGCUCUGCUGCAAAACCCGGAGGUGAAACUGGCAGGACUGGCGGCCCGGGACAGUCUGCGCCUGGAAGCAGGCCUCUGUCUAUAUGGAAACGACAUUGAUGAACAUACCACACCUGUGGAGGGCAGCCUCAGUUGGACAUUGGGGAAGCGCCGCCGAGCUACCAUGGACUUCCCAGGAGCCACGGUCAUCGUUCCCCAGCUGAAGGGCAAGGUGGAGCGGAAGCGUGUGGGGCUGACGUGUGAGGGGGCCCCAAUGCGGGCGCACAGUCCCAUCCUGUGCACCGACGGCACCGUGAUUGGUACUGUGACCAGUGGCUGCCCAUCACCCUGCCUGAAAAAGAAUGUGGCGAUGGGGUAUGUACCCUCCAAGUACGGUCGGCCAGGGACACAGCUGCUGGUGGAGGUGCGGCGGAAGCAGCAGAUGGCCAUCGUCAGCAAAAUGCCCUUUGUGCCCACGAACUACUACACUCUCAAGUGAAGACGGCCGGGGCAGGGGCCUCCCCUCCAGGAGCCUUGCCUUGCGGCAUAUUCUGUGGAGCUUGGUCAAGGCCAGGCAGAACUAUCUGUGGGGCAAGCAGCUGAGUAUAGCACGGCCUCCCCGCAACACAAGCCCCUCUAACUUUAGGACCACAUUUCUGAUCGACAGACCAGGUCACUCAAUGCCCCGUUCUGGUCCCUGAUUCCACUGACCACACUCUGCCAGGUGCUGGUAUAGAGCGAAUGCUCGCCUUUGUGAGUGGGUAACAUCUGGCCAAGCUACCUCAUUGUGGUUUCUCACCUUUCAAAGGAGGGCAGCGUAGCCUGAAGUCAUCUCCUCUACCUUGCUUUCCACAAAUGCAGACCGUGGCCUCUCCCCCAGGCAGGAAUAUUCCUGACUCACCAGAGCACUGACUCAAGUUAUUCCUGUGUGUAAACGGGGACGGCUGAGCAGAUGUGGACCCAUUCUCCUUUGCCGUUGGCCUAGCCUGCUGCCCAGCUGCAGAUCAUGGCAUGCUCACCACAUGGGCUGACUUCUGCCCCUGGAGCCUAUAACUGGACUUUACCGUUACCUGAAAAAAUUAAACAAGGUUCCUUCCUUCUUACUUA